AUGAACCCUGUGACCCCUGUGCAUCGAUCAGCCGCCUGGCUAUACAGUCGUCAGCUCAACCCUGUCCAAGGCUUAUUACCCUCAAGUCCACAACGAUCCCGGCCAACUUCGACUCCUUCCUGGAUCAUCAUUUCACAAUCCUGUCUCUCCAGGUCGAGUUCAUCUACGCCACAGUCACAGUCGGCCACAUCUCAGAAUAUGCCGCCCAAGCAAAAGAAACAACCAGCCGAGCCGAGGCCUAGUUCGAGUGUGGUCUUGAUAUCACCAAAGAAUGAGAUACUUCUUCUGCAUCGCGUCCAAACAUCCACGUCUUUCGCAUCAGCCCAUGUGUUCCCUGGAGGAAAUCUAUCUCUCCAGGAUGGGCAGUGUCCGCCUCCAGGAGAUGUGAAGAGACAUGAGGAUGCGCCUUGGUAUCGCAACGCCGCUAUUCGCGAGUUGUUCGAAGAGAGCGGGAUUCUCCUCGCCAAGGACCAAAGCUCUGGUAAAAUGAUCGCAGUUGGAGAAGAAGAACGCCAGAAAGGCCGACAGGUAAUCCAUCAAAAGCAAACGACGUUCUCAGAUUGGUUGAGGAGGCAGGAUGUUUCAGCUGUGCCAGAUAUAGACAACCUAAUUCCCUUCACACGAUGGGUAACUCCAAUAAAUGUCCCAAAGCGCUACACUACGCAGAUGUAUCUCUAUUUCCUGCCCUUGCCACUCGAGUCAGAGCAGUCGCUGUUGAGCGAGAUACCGGCGGAGGGCGAGCGUGAGGAAAUUCAAAUUCCCACAAACGAUGGGGGAGUCGAGAUCGCCGAAGCACAAUUUUUACCUGCAUCUGAAUGGCUUAGCAAAGCCGCGCAAGGCGAGAUCAUCCUCUUUCCGCCGCAGUUUGUCUUGUUGAAACUGGUAGCUGAGUUCCUUGAUAAGGAGCCCCGGACAUCCUCGGCAGAUGAACUGCAGCAGCGACGCACGCAGCUGGUAGAGUUCGCACAUUCCGGGAGCCCUCCAUGGACGGAAAAGUGCAUUUCUCCCAAGGUCGGCAAGUAUGCAGAAGACGGGCGUGCUGUUCUGACAUUGGAACACCCUGGCCCAGAGCUGGAGGGAACAGAUCGCCAAGGGGAGUCGGAACGGGCGGUGCUCGUGCGAUUCCAGAAGGGGAGUGCCCGCGAGCUCAGCCUCGCCUGGAAGAAGGAUAUCUUUCCCGGAAGGAAGAGCAGUCUUUGA